CUAACCUUCCCAACAAAGAGCCCUAAAUAGCGAUCACAUUUUAAAACUAGAAUGAGUUACAAAUUGAGAUGUGGAGGAAUUGAAUUGAUUCCUUCUUUCUGGGUGUCAUCGCUACUACUGUUCCUUCACUCCAAGAGGUGAGAGAGAGAGAGAGAGAGAGAGAGAGAGAGAGGCUCUGCUAGCUUCAUCGUUCAGCUAGGCGAUGAGUGAAUUUUCAGCGAAAACUAUCAAUAAUCGCUUAAUUGGACGAAACUAUCAUCAGGGUAAUGGUCAGAAGCCGUCAAUUUGUUGGGUAUUGAGAAGCUGAUUUCCUGCUAGGGUUUUCAAACGAUUCUGAUUGAGCUUUCUCAGGUGAGGUGUAAAAUGAUAGUAAUGAAGCAGUAUCGUUGUAUACACUCUUCAAGCUGUGCUUGCACUAAAGGGCAUCUAAAUGAAGAUGUGAUUUUCCUUGUUUUUCAACAUCUCAAUUGGAACCCUAGGCUGAUUGCCACUCUCUCUUGCGUCUGCAAAUGGUUUGAUGACAUUGCAAAACGGGUCCUAUGGAAAGAGUUCUGUCGGACACGAGCCCCCAAGAUGAUGCUUGAUAUGCAAUCUAGCGGGAGUCACAGUGUGGAUGGGAACUGGAAAGCCCUGGGGAAGCUGCUCAUUUACUGCUCUGGAUGCACCAAGGGUGGACUGUUUAAUAGCAUUCAGAUACCAGGCCACUUUGUUUACAGGACCCGGUUUUCUAGGACUUCAGGGAAAAGUUUUCUUUUACCUCAGUGCAGAAAUGAUGUUUUGUAUGUUUCUGACCCUUGUGAGCACCUCGAUCAGGGAGAGGAGGGAGAUGUGGGAUUCUUCCGGGGAGUUUUUAAGUCAUUUUCAGUAUCAAGGGUUAGGAAGAUGCUGAUUGAAAGGGAUGCCAAGUUCCAUCCAACAGAGGUUUGCCCAUAUUGCAAAGCGAAGCUGUGGAGCAUGCUACAGGCAAAAAUGAUACCAAAGAGUGCAUGCAGCAGAUUGGGUGCUUAUGAGGAUUGCAUCGAGUAUUACGUGUGCCUCAACGGGCAUAUGCUUGGGAUCUGCACUCUUCUGCCCCUUUCAGAUUCUGAGGAGGCAUCUGAGUUGGAGUGACGGUACAACUUGGAUCCAGGGAGGCUGGUUUCAGUCUGGACCAAUAUGUGCUAAAGGCUUCAGUCUUCCCCUUCUUGAUGGUGAAUUUUCUUGGCCUUUCCGCAUAUAAGAUACUAUAACUUUGUGAUUGAACUUGUUUCAGACUUGAAAUCCUAGGUCAAAGAAUGGGAAAGAGGAAUGCUCGGUUGUGGCCACAACAAGGUCUUGGUGAUCCCAUUGCCUACCAGACCAUGGUGAGGUCGAUGGCAAUAAUUUCAACAAUUUCACUUGUUCCAUUUAUGAGGUGGGAUUUCUAGUCUGUGACCUUUCAUGAGAUGGGGUGGGGGCAGAAUAAGAACCUAGAUUGCAUCAAGGAGUCAUCUUGAAAUACAGUUAUGGUUGUAAGUAUGUGGUUGUGCUACUAUUUGAAUUUGGAAACAAUCAAUGUUAUUGUGUUAAGGUUUAACACCUCAGUCAGAUAAGUAUCAUGCUUCUUGUUGAAGAUAGGUUUGUAUCGGAAUUUUACUGAUAUGCUUUUUGAUAAUUUCUAUAAUAAAACUAGGUCAUUUCAGUC